UAUCCGUGCAGUGGCGGCUGGUUACCUCGGUCGUAGUGCGCUCUUGGAUAUUCCAGGUUAUGGAGAUGCGAGCUUUUUUGCCGAAUUAUAUGAUGACGCGUCGGAUCCUCAUCCUGCUUUGAAUGAUUCAAGAGGGCACUCUUGCAGCAGGGCAGGACAAUUUUUCAACGAUACAACUUCGGGGAUGGUUGGUGGUGAACGGGAUCAACCUCGACAGGAAGAUCAAGGAAAAAAUGUAGCCGGG